GAGAAAUCGAAAUCGAACAAUGGCGGACCUCUUCUCAUAAACAUUUCAUUUGAUUAGGGUCAGUCAGAUUUCCAGAACUAAAAAUCCCCAGAAACAAAUUACCCAGUAGAGAGAAAGUUAUGGGCUACGUUUUUAGAGUAAGGCUGGCAUCAUUCUUCGCAGGCGCAGCAGUGGCCUCAUCUGCUGGUCUUUACUUCCUUUACCAGGAUUACAAGGUUGCCCAUCAUUCCAUCUCUGACCAGAUGAAACUUCUGCACGAUUCUCUGGAUAGACGUGUCUCGGCUCUUGAGAGUUUGAAAGAAACUGAAGCUCCUCAACAACAAGUGGAAGCAACAGAAUAGACAUUUUAGAGGUUCUUUUUUUUGACUGAUUUUGAUGUUGUACACUCUCAGAUGCAGCGAUUCUCCUUGAGUAUCAUGUCAAAGAGAGUCUCGUAGAAAUACCCGGAGUAUAAAUAAUACACGACUUAAAUUUCUCUAUGUUAAUCAGGCAGUUGCGUUUAUGCUUCUGUUUUUAACUCUUGUGAAAUGGUGGUUGAAGGCUGUUAUUGACAGUUGUUUUUCAAAAAAUUGCAUCUUUGUCCA